GGGGGCCCUCUCGAACAUCAGAACUCUUGGCCUCAUCCUGAGAAAAUGGCGGACCGCGAGAAAUCAGCCCGAGGUCGGAAACGAGGACCGAAACCAAGAACGGCUCCUAGUGCUACGGAUCUAUUCGAUUCGCUAUUCAAUCAGGCGCAGGAGCCACCGGCUAAGCAGUCGCGGCACGCCUCGGAUCAGACUAACAAAGACAACGAAAGCGACGAUCGCUCGGCAGAACACGUCAACAGUGGAGAUUCGCGAUCGCAGUCCGCGGGCGAAGCUUCGGAGGACGAGGAACCCUGUGUGCUGAUGUCUUUCGCCGGACAAGAGGAAACAUCUUUCGAAAACAGCCCUCAGAAGGAUAAAGACAAAAGACCGAAGCGAAAAUCACAGAGCAAGGUCCGGGACACGAGCCCAGAGAUCGACGAUGUCAAAGCCGCUGGGGAUCAGCAACCUCAGGACUCACAGGAAGACGCUGGGAAACCUCAAGAGAACGCCAAAGUAUCAGAUGCCGAAAUGCAUGCCGAAGAAUCCUCACAAUCCGAUUCGAAAGCAGGAAUCAACGAGAGCGAAUUGGCCACGUUAGGAGUUUCGAAAGACGUCGAGGACUCGAUACGACAAGAAAUCGAGGCCAUGCUCGCCAACAACCGCUUCCGGACCAACGGUAACAAAGACGACGACGACGACGAAGAGCCAUCUAACGGCUUCGUGUGCUUGGAAGAGGACACGACUCUGGUAAUCUCGAAACUCAACAAGAAGUGCCGUUUCCUCAUACGGAAACAGGAGGAUCAGACCCCUCCGUGCACGAGAGACUAUCGCUGUUCCAAUUGCUCAUGGAGCACGACCAGAAUGAGCAACAUGAUCCGACACUACAAAGACUGCUUGAAUUAGCGUUUUCGUGGUGUCCCAGGAGUAUUGUUCAGAGGGAGGCGCGAGGCGAAUCGCUUCCGAGGGAACGACUGGUUUCAAGCGUUUUGUAAAUAUCCAUCCCAUGGCAUCCUGAGCCUAUGCACCUAAUUUUUACACUUAUCGUGCCUCAUUUCAUUCAUUUUUCGCUGAAAUGAUGACUUGCCCUUGCAAGCCCGAAUCUAGACUCCUGUGUAAAACUGCAUUCAUCCGGCUGAGAAGGUUGCUUGAGGUUUAUGCGAAUCAUGAAUGAUCUGUGAAUAAAUCAU